AUGGCCCAAAAACUCAACCAAAUCGUAGCUUCCCUACUCCUCAUCUCCACCCUCCUCUCCGCCGCAACCCAAGCCAUCGCCCGCCGCGACGACGAAGAAGAAGAUUACGUAAAUGCCCUCAACCCCAACCGGCUCAACCGUCGGCUCAAAAAACAGAAGCUGACCCACUUCCACUUCUACUGGCACGACAUCUACAGCGGCUCGAACCCGAGCGCGAUGCAGGUCGUGGCCUCCCCGGCCAACACCUCCACCACCGGGUUCGGGUUCGUGAGCAUGAUCGACAACCCGAUGACCGUGGGGCCCGACAUCGGGUCCAAGCUGAUCGGGCGGUCCCAGGGGUUCUACGGCUCGGCGGACCAGCGCGAGCUGGCCGUGCUGGUGACCAUGAACUUGGUCUUUUUGGAAGGGAGGUACAACGGGAGCACGGUGGCGCUGAUGGGGAGGAACCGGAUCGCGGCGGGGAUCCGGGAGACGGCGGUGGUCGGCGGGACCGGGGUUUUCCGGUUUGCGACCGGGUAUGCCACGGCUAGGACUCAGAGGUUUAACCAGACUAGCGGGGACGCGGUGGCUGAGUACAAUCUUUAUGUCUUGCAUUAUUGA